AUGGAUGAGGAAGAUUGGGAUGUGAUUGUGGCAGAGCAUGUGUUGCCUGCUGGAACAGAGCAGAAUGAGCGCACCAUGUUCAUCCACAUGGCAUCAAAAGGCGCGAAGAAGGUUGAUGUGUUCAAGCAGCCGUGGUGUCGGUUAAAGUGGUCCAAGGCACGUGCCAACAGAUACCUUGCGUCCUCGCCCAACGGCGCAUUCAUCAUUCGCCGCGCCACAACAAAAGGCCAAUACGUGCUCAGCGUUCAAGCCGGCCCACGCGUCUGUCACGUCCUCCUCAGGGCGAUUGCAAAGGAUGGCGUCGUCUUGUACAACGUGUACCCGACUCCGCAGUGGUUUGAGAGCCUCUACGAUCUGGUGCUGUUCUGCUCGUACCAGCCGUUCCAGUUCCCGGACCUGGAGGGCAGCGGGGAGAUUACGUUGUCACUGGAGGCGUCGCAGCGGGCGGAGCGCGUGUACCGCGACUUACUCGUCAAGAAUGCCGUCGCCCGACGCAUGACACUCGUCGCCCGCCGCGCGUCCAUGGUACGCAAGACGCGCCUGCGCGACUCGUCCAACACGCUCACGGAGGCCAUCAUCGAGGAAGCAGUCGAGGACAAGGAGUCGGAGGUGGACGGGUCGCGCUACUCGCAAGGGGCCAUCCUCUUUCGCGGUUUCCUCACCAAGCUCGGGCGCCGGCGCAAGAACUGGAAGCGCCGCUUCUUCGAGCUCUCCUCCGCUGGGUGUCUCACAUACUACAAGGUGUCUGGCCAGCGGCAGGAGAUGGGGUUCCUUGACCUGCGCAAGUGCCUGUGCGUGCUCCCCGGUGGUCGCUGCCCAAUCACGUGGUACCAGAACGCCAACCCAAACCUCUGCUUCGGCAUCUACGUCCAGAACAGACAGCUGUAUGUGUAUGCGGAUACGCGGCCUGAGCUGCAGGGAUGGCUUCAGGCGAUUGCAGAGGUCGUGCCAGAGGGUAUCCCCGUCACAUCUCCGACGCAGAUUGAGAUUGAGGCGAAGAUGCGCGCGCCGCUGCCGCCGCCCGUGGCCGGGGAGAGAAAGCGCCUCACAGUGUUCCGGAACGGGAGUCUGGAGCAGAGCCAGGUGGUGGAGGUGUCGACCAACUGGGAGGAGCUCUUGGCGGGAAUCACCAGCAAGCUUGGGUUCCCUGUGACGCGGCUGUUUGGGCGCAACGGCGGGGAGCUGUUCAGCUCGCGGCUGCUGCGGGACGACGACGUCGUGUUUGGAUCUUCUGGCGAUGACUUUCUCCAUCCGCUGCUGGCAGCAGAGCAGCGGCGCGAGGAGAAGAGGAGGAAGCGCGCGCAGCAGAGAAACUUGGAGAGUGGUGGUGUUGGUGGUGGUGGUGGUGGGCAGCAGGGGAAGGCGGCGCAGGGCGUGUUUGGCGACACGGCCGGGUACGAUGAGCCUGUGGCGCUCAGAGCAGCGAUGCAAACCUCGGCGUCAUCAGCAACAGCGCAGCACAACGACGGCGACAAGAACGACACGUACUUCGAGCCUGCAGAGACACGCAUGGGGCACCAUGAUGGCGAGGAGCACGAAGCACCAGGGUACAUUGAGCCGCUUCCCUCCAUGCGCCGUCAACAGCAACAACAGCAACAUGACGGUGGUGACGGUGCUGGUGGCGAGGUGUCAGACGUGUCUGAUGACGAUGAGGAUCCGCAGAUGAACUACGACAACCUCGACGGCGACACGCAGCUGGAAGAACCUGUGCUUACUCCCCAACAGCAGCAGCAGCAGCAGCAGCAGCAGCAGCAGCAGCAGCAGCAGCAGCAGCAGCAGCAGCAGCAGCGUGGCGAGGAUGAGCCAGCGUACAUGGAGGUGCCACUGGCAGGGAUGAUGAUUCAUGGUGACGGUGAUGGUGAUGAGGGUGAGGGGUACGCGGAAAUCAGCCGCCCGCCGCACGUGCCAGACUUUGUUCGCGACGACACGUACAUGGAGGUUGGUCGUGUUGGAAGCAAGCGGGUGCCACCGUCGGGCGAGAGCGGAACAGCGCACAGACCGCCGCCACCGCCACUGAGCAGGACACAGCAGCAGGAUGUUGGCGAUGUGGAGAACGGCGAUACGACGGACAGCUCGGACGAAGAGGAAGAGGGAGGAGAGGGACGAACACACGCGUACCCGGCAGUGCUUGGAGAAGAAGAUGAGGGAGGAUACAUGAGCAUUGGAGACAUCAGGGGACAGAGAGCAACCGCACAAGAGGAGGAGGAGCCAGGAUACAUCGCCGUUGUAGCGCCGCGUGCUGCCGAGAGCCCGUCGCCGGAACUGGACAGCUGA